AUGAAGAAAAAUUCUUCCAACACAAUGGCUUUGGCUCCUAACACUUCUAACAAAAGAGAGACAGUGUGUAUAUUUGGAACUGGAGAUUUUGGAAGAGCUCUGGGGCAUAAAAUGAUUCAAUCUGGCUACCCCGUUGUGUUUGGAAGCCGGAGCACACAGACAUCCCCCCUGAUUCCCAAGGACGCAGAGGUGUUGAGCCAUGCAGAGGCAGCGCAGAAGGCUGCCAUCAUCAUUAUAGCAAUCCAGAGGCAACAUUACAACUUCCUUACACCACUGGCAGAAAUCCUCCAUGGAAAGGUUUUGGUGGACGUAAGCAACAACUUAAAAAUAAACCAGUAUCCCGAAUCCAAUGCAGAGUACCUCGCUCAGCUGGUGCCUGGCGCUAAGGUUGUGAAAGCCUUUAACACCGUGUCAGCCUGGGCCUUGCAGUCAGGCACGCUGGAUGCAAGCCGGCAGGUGUUUGUCUGUGGAGAUGACAUGGAAGCUAAACAAAUGGUGAUGGAUAUCGUUCGUGCACUGGGUCUCACUCCAUUAGAUCAGGGAUCCCUUUUGGCUGCUCAGGAAAUAGAAAAUUACCCUCUGCAGCUCUUUCCAAUGUGGAAGUUUCCCAUCUUUUUGUCCCUUGGCCUAACCGCAUUCUUCUUCUUCUACAGUUUGACUCGUGAUGUAAUUUACCCUUACGUUUAUGAAAAAGAAGAUUUUUCAUUUUUUAUUGCAAUUUCCAUUCCAAAUAGGAUCUGCCCUGUAUUGGCCCUCAUCCUUCUUGCCUUGGUUUAUCUUCCUGGUGUAUUUGCUGCAAUUAUUCAGUUAUACAGAGGUACCAAAUACCGCCGUUUCCCAGACUGGCUGGACAAAUGGAUGCUGUGUAGGAAACAACUUGGACUAGUAGCCUUGGCAUUUGCUUCUUUGCACGUUUUGUACACUCUUGUUAUUCCUAUUCGUUCCUUUGUGAGAUGGAGAACCAGCAAUCAAAUUGUCUCCCAGGCACUGAACAACGUAACAGAAUCACUCAACAUCACUAAUGCCUGGCUUAGUGACUCUUAUUUGGCUUUGGGGAUUUUAGGAUUUUUUUUGUUUGUUCUUCUGGGAAUAACUUCCUUGCCUUCAGUCAGCAACAACGUCAACUGGCGAGAAUUUCGAUUUGUACAGUCCAAACUGGGAUAUCUGACACUGAUUUUGUGCACUGCACACACGCUGGUUUAUGGUGGAAACCGGUUCCUGAGCCCGUCAUCGUACAGAUGGUACCUUCCAAACACCUAUAUGCUCUCCCUCAUCAUCCCGUGCAUUGUACUGGUUGUCAAAUUUGUGCUGAUACUUCCUUGUCUAGACAAACCUCUCACGCGAAUUCGACAGGGCUGGGAGAGGAAUCCCCAAUACUCAGAACAGUCAAAUUACAUUAUCAACAAGUCUGCUGUAUAA